AUGGACACCCUCCUACUAAUCUCUUCAACACUUUUGCCCAUCAUCACCAUCUUCAUUUUGUACCAUUUUUUCACCCAAAAAUCAUCCAUUCCCGGACACUAUGGCUGGCCACUCAUUGGCGAAAGCAUCGACUACUUCAAGAAGCUCCGCAGCGGCACCAACGAGCAGUUUGCCAUGCAAAGAAGGAAACUAUUCGGGGACGUUUUUGGGACGUCCAUUCUUGGUGAAAAAAUGGCGUUUUUGUGUGGCCCAGAAGGGAAUAAGUUCUUGUUUUCUAAUGAAAACAAGCUUGUUGAAGUUUGGUGGCCGAGUUCUGUGGAGAGUAUUAUUAAGAAGUCGAAUAAUAAGUCUGUAACCGCGGAAUCCGCCAAGGUUCGACAGCUGUUGCCGCCGUUCUUGAGAGCUCAUGCUGUUAAGAAUUAUAUUGCUGAUAUGGAUUCGGAGUUGAGACAGCAUUUGGAGGAUUACUGGACUGGACGUGAUCAGGUUGAGGUUUGCCCAUUCGUUGCAAAAUACACUUUUGCAUUGGCCGUAAAGUUGCUACUCGGAGUGCGUGAUGCUACGGAGUUAGAGAAGCUUGCGGUUCCGUUUGUGGAGGCGGCAGGUGGAAUCAUAGCGGUUCCGAUCAACAUUCCAGGGACAAGGUUUAACCGUGGUGUCAAAGCGUCGAAAAGGAUUCGCGAAGUCAUUAAUGGCAUAAUCGCACAAAGGAGGAAAGAUCUUGCUGACGGAACUGCUGAUCCGUCGCAAAAUUUGCUCUCUCACAUGAUUGUCGAGGUUGAUAAGCGUAACCAGGACACGAGCAACGCUCCGACAACCGAUGGUGACAUGUCGAGUGACUUACUCGGGUUGUUAAUAGGUGGUUACGACACCAUCAACACGACCGUCGUGUUCAUUAUGAUGAUGCUUGUUGAUUACCCGGAUGUCUACCGAGAGGUCCUAAAAGAGCAAACCGAGAUAGCAAAGGCGAAACCAUCGGGUGAACUACUGAACUGGGACGACCUACGCAAAAUGAAAUACUCAUGGAAUGUCGCGUGUGAAGUGCUAAGAAUGCGUCCACCAACUGUCGGCGCAUUCCGUGUCGCGAAAACCGAUUUCACAUACGGCAGUUUCACAAUCCCCAAAGGAUGGAAGCUACAUUACCUUCCACAUUACACUCAGCGAAACCACGAAUUCUUCCCGCAUCCCGAGAAGUUUGACCCCUCGAGAUUUGAAGGAGCGGGACCUGCACCUUACACGUUUGUGCCGUUUGGUGGCGGAGCGCGUAUGUGUCCCGGAAACGAGUAUGCACGGGCCGAAAUACUGGUGUUUAUGUACAACAUAGUCACUAGAUACAACUGGGAGAGGCUAAUUCCUGAUGAGAAAGUGGUAAUUGACCCACUUCCAAGGCCAGUUCAUGGGCUUCCAAUUAAGCUCAUUCCUCACAAAACUGAAGCUUAAGUGGUUUCCUCAUAUUUGCAUCAUAAUAAUUAUAAAUUAUUAUUAUUAUUGUACUUUUUAUUUAUGGCAUUUAAUUACUGUAUUUUGAUUUUAGCUUUUGUAUUAUGUAAGAAACUGAAUAAUUGUUGGCGGUAAUGAUCAGAAGCAAUAGAAAAAGAUCGAUUGAAAAACAAGAAUCGAAAAAUGAUCCUUUGUUUUGUGUGUGAAAUUCUAGUGUGCGAGAG